GGACAAUUAUCGGACUGUAUAUCGCAUGGGAUCUGAUGCAAUCACUAACAUAUUUUAUUUCCACCGACAUUACCUUACUUUUCCGAUUCCCGGCUUACUAGAGCGGCAGGCUAGGAAAUUCUCUCAAACACCAGAUUUCGAAAAUGGAGGAGAGAAAGCAAAAGGUUGUCGUCAUCGGCGCUGGCCCGGUCGGCUCAUUGGCUGCUCUUUAUGCGGCCAAUCGUGGUCACGAUGUUGAGAUUUAUGAGCUGCGCGGUGACCUCCGCGAUCCUUCAACAACACCACUCAACUUCACAAGGUCCAUUAACUUGGCUCUUUCAGAACGCGGCCUCAAUGCUAUGCGCCAUGCCAACCAACCAAGACUCAUCGAUUAUGUCAUGGGGGUGACCAUCCCCAUGAGAGGCCGCAUGAUCCACGGCAAGCGACCCGACGGAAAGUUGUAUGAAGAAGCUCAAGACUACGACAUUCAUGGACGGAGCAUCCUCGCCAUCGACCGUGGCGACCUGAACAAGCGCCUUCUCGACAUGCUCGAGGAGAUGCCCAACGUCACCUUCUUCUUCAACCACAAACUCACCGGCGCCGAUUUCAAGCGGAACAAGGCCUGGUUCGAAGUCAAAGACGAGAGCACCUACAACCUACGAGACCGAUCCCGCGAAAUCGAAAUCGACUUCGACUUUAUGAUCGGCGCCGAUGGUGCGCACUCCGCCGUCCGCUACCACCUGAUGAAGUUUGCCCGCAUGGAUUACCAGCAACAGUACAUCGACACUUUAUGGUGCGAGUUCCAAAUCGCUCCCAAAGCCGACUCCUCAUCAUCAUCAGCCAAGUCCAAGUUCAGGAUAUCGCCCAACCACCUGCACAUCUGGCCCGGCAAGGAAUUCAUGUUCAUCGCCAUCCCGUCCGAAGACGGCUCCUUCACCUGCACCCUCUUCGCCCCAGCCGCCAUCUACGAGCAACUCGAAGCCGACACCACCGGCACUUCAAUCCCGCAGUUCUUCGACAAGUACUUCCCCGGCGUAACCUCCCUGAUCGCCCCCGCCGACCUCGUCUCCCAAUUCCAGUCCAACCCCCACCUCCCGCUCAUCAGCAUCAAGUGCAAACCCUACCACUUCUCCUCGUCCGUCGUCAUCGUCGGCGACGCCGCCCACGCCAUGGUCCCCUUCUACGGCCAGGGCAUGAACGCGGGUUUGGAAGACGUCCGCAUCCUGUUCGACAUCCUCGACAAGCACGACCGCAUGACCAACGACGACAGCAGCCUCGAGGCCUCGCAGCGGGAGAUCGCGUUGGCCGAGUACAGCGCCGUGCGCGUGCCGGAUGCGCACGCCAUCAACGACCUGGCGCUGCAGAAUUACAUCGAGAUGAGGUCAUCGGUGCUGUCUCCCGUUUACAGGUGGCGCAAGGCGCUGGAGGAGUGGUUGUCGGUUUACGUGCCGAGUCUGGGGUGGCAGACCAAGUAUUCUAGGGUGUCGUUUGGGAAUGAGAGGUAUUCCGAGGUGGUGAGGAAGAGUGAGCAUCAGGGCCAGGUCUUGGUGCGCAGUCUUGUAGGCGGCGUCGGCCUGCCGCUGCUGGUUGGGGGGAUGUGGCUGUGGUUCAGGUAUAAGGGCGCCAUUGGCAGGGCGGCGUAUGGGGUGUUUUAUAAUUUUAUGGGGAUGGUUUGUAGGACGAUUCAUGGGAGAAGGCGGUAAACUGGACGUCUUUGCUUCGAGGUGGGUGGUGAAAAAAUGAGAAAGGAGAGUUUUGUGUGUACGAUUUACGUGUAGCAUGUGGAAAACGGAUAUGAAUUUGGACUUUUGAGUUACCAUACAUGUUCGAAGGACGGGUUUUGAGUUCUCGCUUGGAAUGAACCUUGUGUACUCGCAGAUUUUAUCAGUUUGCUGUUGAGGUAUGAAGUGCCGCUUCCGCAGGAC